AUUGGCAACGCCGCAUAGAACCUCCUAGUUUUGUGUCGUCUUCCUUUACCACUUUUGGCCAUUUCCUCUCUGGGAAGAAAGUCAAGAAAGACUGAAAGAGGCAUAACAUAGUGUUAGAAUGUUUGCAUCUGUGUGUAUCUGAGAAUCGACUCAGAGUCGGAUCUGAUUGGUCCCAAAAAUGUGGGCUUUUCCAUUUGUAGCAGAAGGUGUUGGUGCAGCUGCCUCUCUUUCAUCAUCAUCAUCAUCAUCAGUUGCUGCCAAUUUAAUCGCUCUCAACCUAUCUGUGAAUCUGGGCUUCAACAAAACCCAAUUCCAGUCUUUUCCCACUUUCAGUGCUUACUCUUCUCCUGGUUUUCUCUCCCAUCUCCCCAGAUCAGGUCAUUGUAGGGCUAGUCAAAUAGCUGAACUCUUCCCAACGGUGUCGCCUGAUAUAGUUAUUAGAGAGGUGAGGUUGGAAGACUGGUGGGAAGUGGCCGAGACCCAUUGCAGCUCCUUCUUCCCAGAAUACUCUUUUCCUCUAGAUUUUGUGUUAAGGUUAGACAGGCUGAUAGGAAUGCUUUUUGGAUUCUCCAUACCUAAUGGCUGUGAGAGAACGUGUCUAGUUGCUGUCACCAGAGGAAGCUCAGAGGAAGAAGGUUCCUUCUUAUUUGGAAGUAAUGAAGAAUUCACAAUUGGGGGCCUUAAUGGAGGAAUGAGUCUCAUGGAUAAAGGUUAUGUGUCCGGGAUAUUGACUGUGGACACUGUCGCUGAUUUUCUUCCCCGAAAAGGACCAUCGUGGCAGAGAAGAAGAGGGAUAGCGUACAUAUCAAAUGUUGCUGUUCGGGAGAGCUUCCGUAGGAAGGGCAUAGCAAAAAUGCUCAUUGCAGAAGCUGAGGCUAAGGCCCGUAGCUGGGGAUGCCGUGCCAUUGCAUUACAUUGUGAUGCCACUAACCCUGGAGCCACAAAACUAUACACUGGUCAGGGGUAUAAAUUCAUUAAAGUUCCAGAUGGAGCUAACUGGCCUCAACCAAGGAUCUCUUCAGAUGUUCAAUUCAGUUUCAUGAUGAAGCUUCUUUAAACACUAAAGUCAGAUGUAGUAAUUAGAAAAGUAAUUUAUAUGUGUAAAUACAAGGGACAGCAUCUUGGAAGUGCAAGAGUUAUAUUGUAAUGGUUAUCCUCUCCAAAUUGGAAUAUUCGUAGAAAUAGUGUUUGGUUUCUUUGUUAUAACUGAAGCAUAUUGCUUCCAAUAUGUGGUCAUGUUGUAAAGUUAAUUACUACGCCGUAUAAUUCAGUUUAUAUUGUUAUAUACUAACCUUUUUUUUGAAUAA